AGACGUGCGGUUGUACAUGGCAUAAUCGCUAUAAAAUUAUGGUACGAUCUUUUAUAGAGGGCAGUAGCAGGGCAAAACGAGAGUGGUGAACGCUUCACAGUGAGCAAAACACAGAUAUAAUGGGGGAGGAAAACAAAGCCAGAAAACCUCAUGUUUUAAUCUUUCCUUACCCUGGCCAAGGUCACAUAAACCCCAUGCUCCAAUUCGCUAAACGCUUAGUCUCCAAAGGCGUCAAAGUCACUCUAGUCACCACCAUCUUCCUCUCCAAGUCCUUGUUUUCCGACCCAUCCGCCGCCUCUAUUGAUCUCCGCACCAUAUCCGAUGGCUUUGAUGAAGGUGGCUAUGGUCAGGCUGGCAGCGCUGAUGUCUACGUGCCAACUUUCCGUUCCGUAGGCUCUACGAGUUUGACAAGUUUAAUCAAGAAGCUUGUUGAUACUGGUUAUCCUAUUCAUGCCCUUGUCUAUGAUGGGUUUUUGCCUUGGGCACUUGAUGUUGCAAAGCAGUUUGGAAUACCCUCGGCAGUGUUUUUCACUCAAUCUUGUGCUGUCAACAGCGUCUAUUACCAUGUUAGCAGGGGACUUCUUCAGCUGCCUCUCCCAGGGCCUAAUGUUUAUCUUCCUGGAUUGCCUUCGCUUCAAGUUUCAGAGUUACCAUCUUUGGUUUGUCUUUAUGGAUCGUAUCCGGCUUGGUUUGACGUGGUUGUGGAUCAGUUUUCCAACGUUGAUGGAGCUGAUUGGAUGUUUUUUAACAUUUUCUACGAAUUGGAGAAAGAGGUGGUGCAUUGGAUGUCAAAAUUCUGGAAGGUGAUGACGAUAGGACCAACUAUCCCAUCUGUGUACUUGGACAGAAGACUCGGAAACGACAAAGACUAUGGUAUGAAUCUCUUCAAGCCCAACACUGGUGCUUGCAUGAGUUGGCUAAAUGGCAAGCCGAAGGGUUCAGUGAUCUACGCGUCAUUUGGAAGCUUUGCAUUACUAGAAGCUGAGCAAAUGGCAGAGCUAGCUUGGGCUUUGAAAGGCAGCAAUUACUACUUCUUAUGGGUUGUGAGGGAAACAGAGGAGGCCAAGCUGCCAAACAAUUUCAUAGAGGAGACCUCAGAGAAGGGUUUGGUGGUGACCUGGUCCCCUCAAUUGGAGGUGCUGUCUCACGAGUCAAUAGGUUGUUUUCUUACCCAUUGCGGCUUUAAUUCCGUUCUUGAAGCAUUGAGUCUAGGAGUUCCAAUGCUGGCAAUGCCUCAAUGGACGGACCAAGGCACAAAUGCAAAGUAUGUCGAGGAUGUAUGGGGAAUUGGGAUUAGAGCUCGCCCUGAUGAGAAAGGUAUUGUGAGAAGAACGGUCAUAGAGCAAUGCAUAAAGGAAUUACUAAUAGAAGGAGAAAAGGGCAAAGAGAUUACGAAGAAUGCAAUCAAGUGGAAGAAUUUGGCUAAGAGGGCAGUUGAUGAAGGUGGAAGUUCAGAUAAAAACAUGGAUGAAUUUGUGGCUAACUUGCUCUCUGACUUGCGUGUUUCUGUCUUUGAGUGA